AUGGGGCAAGGGUUGAAGAAUGGAAAGCUUGGCAUUGAGAGAACAAGAGACAAGAAUUCCGAGGCACUCGAAUCAUCAGUGCUGCCAAGAGAAAAAUCACCAAAUGCAAAGCAAAGUGUUGAUGAUCCCAACUCAAAGAAAGUAAAGGAUGAUCUGCAUGAGAAAGAUGACUACAUCACCGGAGCUUCGGCGGCACCAGAAACCACAGCAUCAACCUACAAGAAGUGGAUAGCAGAAAAUAAUAUGGUCAUGUCCUGGCUAGUCAACUCUAUGACCCCUAACAUUGGUGAAAAUUUUCUGUCAUUUGAUACUGCCAAAGAAAUCUGGGACAUUGCAAAAGAAACUUUCUCAGACAAGGAAAACACAUCUGAAAUCAUCCAGAUUGAAGGCAUCCUCCACGAUUUGCGUCAAGGAAACCUUACGGUAACUAAAUAUUUCAAUACUCUUACUCGUCUAUGGUGUCAACUUGAUACGUUUGAGGUUCAUAACAGGAAUUGUGUUACAGAUGGUUUGUUGUAUAAAAAGAUUGUCGAAGGGAAACGUGUGUUUAAAUUUUUGUUAGGUUUGAACAAAAAUCUUGAUGAAAUCAGAGGAAGAAUCAUGGGAGUAAAACCUCUACCUAGCCUCAGAGAGGCAUUCUCUGAAGUGCGUCGCGAAGAAAGUCGGAAAAAUCUCAUGAUGGGAUCCCAUCAACAACUGAAUAUGGCAGAAAGCUCGGCUCUUAAGACUCAAUUCGCUCCUUUUGACAAUCGUCAAAAAAUUAAAGGAGGUAGACCUUGGUGUGAUCAUUGCAGAAAGCCGGGACACUCAAGAGAAACUUGCUGGAAGAUUCAUGGAAAGCCAGUAGAUUGGAAGCCACGUCAACCACUUGAGAAAGAAGGACGAGGCAAUCAUGUGGCUACCGAUGAACAAUCGCCACAACCUGAAGCUAGCCCUUUUAAUAAGGAGCAAAUGGAGAUGCUUCAGAAACUACUGUCUCCUCUUUUGUCAGUACAGUCACAAACUGGCUCAUCUUCCAACGAGCUCAUUGGUUCCGGAACCUUGGCUCACAAAGUCCGAAUAGCAGAUGGUUCACUAUCAAAGGUUGCCGGAACAGGUUCAGUUGUGCUAUCAAGGGAUCUUACUCUCAACUCUGAUUUGGAUUCGGGGAAGACGAUUGGCAAUGCUGAGGAAUGCUCUGGACUCUACAUCCUUAAGGAGCGCCAUGAUCCACAAGAACAACCUUAA